AUGAUUAACUUGAGAUACUGUUCGAAGCUAUGCCAGGUACAAUUGGACUGUGAUAAGGGCGGAUAUACUGAUCCUCAAAAUUGUGAACAAUAUUCAAAUUCUUGCCGAGGAACAAGCGACUUGACUGCCGGUGAAUGGCCAGGCGAUAUCUCAACUUCAAAACUCCAGCCAGGAAUUAAAUGUUUUUGGAGAAUUCAUCCUCAACACUCAAAUCAAAGUGUUCAACUUAUAUUCGAUCGGUUAAAUUUUCCAUGUAAGGAAGCAUGCACAAGUUAUUUAGAGGUGAAAUACAACGCAGAAAAAAUUGCUACUGGUGCGAGGCUUUGUUGUGAUCUGCCGACAAAUAUAAUUUCUGAGGUGGGAACAGAAGUUAUCCUUAUUUUACGGACAGAUGAAAAGUUAAAUUCUGAGUUUGAUGGCUUUCAACUAUCGUUUAAAUCUGAUGGUUGGACCACUUGGGGAAACUGGACAGAAUGUUCAGCUACAUGUGGUGCUUGUGGACAAAGAAAGCGUAUUAGAUAUUGCUUGUCUGGUUCUGGUAAAUGUAAAGGAUCUGAUUAUGAAGUAGAACGUUGCGCAUUUUCACCGUGUCCUUUACCUGUAGAGGUGUCUCGUUGCAAUGGGCGUUUAGUAAUGCCAUGUGAGUUAAUGGAAGAGUUGGAAUUCGGUACAGCAUUGAACUACGUCUCACUUAGACACCACAACGGAGAAUCCUUGGAUCUUAACGGUAUUUCUUCUUCAAUGCUUGACUCGAACAUUCAAUUGGAGGGGGAUAAUCAUGACAUAAUUCAUAAUCUCUUACUGCCCAGAUUUAAAAAUGAGAAUAUUAUAACGCGAUAUAGACGUCUAACAGCUGUGAGGCAACAAAGAUAUUCGCGCGGAAGCAAAGCUGAAAAGCAGCUUUGCGAAAAACGAUUUACCUAUCACUGCCCUACUACAUUAUUAACUAUCAGCCUGGACUUUCUCGUUGAACGAAACAAACGUGAAAUUAACGAUAUUCAUAAUGAACUUACCCAUGAUUCUCGUCAUCCUUGCUGUGCCGGUUACAAACUUGAGAAUGAUACUUGUAUAAAAAUGAGAGGGCUUGUUAGUUAA